AACAAUGUGGAUUGAAUGUAACCGUUGUAACGUAUUUGUAAUAUUAAGGAAAUGUUUCAUCAUUAAUACAAGAUUAGGUUAAGUCUAAUGAAUUAAAGUGAAUAACUACAGAAACUUAAAACUUUAUCUACUCUUAAUUUUAAAUAAAAAUUAUAGUCAAAAGCUAAGUUUCAAACCGCAUUUAAAUUAUCGUAUUGAAUAUUUCGUAGGUAACUUACAAAUUAAAUUUGUCUUUGUGAAAAUGUCUCGUACGCAACUGAAUUUGAUUGCGGCCGCGUGUGAGAAUAUGGGUAUAGGUAUAAACGGUACAUUACCUUGGAAAUUAAAAAAAGAAAUGGCUUACUUCACAACGAUGACAACUAGCGUCAGCGAUAAGAAGAAAGUCAACGCAGUGAUCAUGGGUCGACGUACGUGGGACUGUAUACCCAUAAAAUAUAGACCGCUUAGUAAUAGAAUUAAUAUUGUAUUAACUCAUAAUGUUGAUUACGUGAAAAAACAAGUCCCAGAAGGAGUAAUUGUUGUGCCAGGAUUAGAUGAGGCAAUUGAUCACAUAGACAGUAGGUCAGAUAUAGAAUCUACUUGGGUCAUAGGUGGAUCUUCAAUUUAUAAGGCUGCAAUGGAGCAUCCGAACUGUGGAAAAAUAUAUCUAACGGAGAUACAAAAGUCUUUCGACUGUGACACAUUCUUUCCCGACAUUAACAAGCAGCGAUUCCAUUUAGUGAAUGAAGAAGAAGUACCAGGGGAGAAGCAGAGUGAAGGCGACAUCAACUAUUACUAUAGGAUUUACAAGAGAUUAUAAAGUUAAUGAAAACUUUU